AUGGAGUUCCAACCUGCUCUACAAUCCCGCUAUGAUUUCCGGCUGCGAUUCCGUGUCCGUCUCAUGCUUGACUUUAUCCCCUUUCGGUCGCUGACCCUCCCCCGGAAAAAGUCCGGGGUGGAAUCUGGACCCCUCCUCUUCCGGGCAUACAGGGAAGAUCCAUUCGGAUGUCAAGCGGCCUUCCAUGUCACUUGGGCUAUCAGACACGGAGAAACCAUGCGCCACCCGGUCCGCAUCCUCGGCGAAGGGAAAACGGGACAGGAUACUUGA